AUGAGCGUGCGUGAUCCGGGCUUCCUGCACGCUGUCUACAACCGUCACAGCUGGAGCGACGUCAUGGCCAUGAAGGGUGGUCGGGAAGUCCUUGCAGGCGUAAAGUACCCGGAUGCCGACAUCAGGCGGUCUCUGUAUGCUUCCUGGCUGAGGAUCUUUGCCUCCGGCGUGUGGGACGACUCGUUCGGCCAUCUCAUGCUCGAGUGUGUAGCUUGCACUCCUUCGCUGACGACUCCUGGUACACCCCUUUUCGCCGACCUUUACAAGUUACACGACAUCGUCCUUGACCGGACCCCGCCCUUUGAACCUGUCUUGAACCUCAACGAAAUCCCCACCCUUUUCGAAGGCAGACCCACAGACUUCGAGCCCCUACCUGAAUCGCCGGGACUCGUCGACUUCUUGGCGGACUUGAUAAGGACGAGUCCAUGUCAUCGUGAGGCCCUCGACGAAGCGGGAAUGAUCAUCGGCUUUUAUAGCCUAGCACUAGCCGUAGUCGCAGCCAAGCCGGUGAUUAACGUCGAGGACUUCUUUUGUAAGCGGAUGAAGAGCGCCCUGUCCUCGGUGGUGCCGACGUCCUUCGAUGGGGACGCGCACUGUCCCAACGGGAGGUUCUUGACGCAGCUCGCUCUCAAGUACCACCGCAGCGUGGUGAAGCAACACGUCGGGCUCCUGGUCCUCGGUCAGUACGCCUACCACCUAAAGAACGAUGCUGGCUUCAGCGCCGACCAAAGAUUUCUGGAAGAAGGUUUUCCUGGCACAGGCAAAGUUCGGACAUCUUGAAGUAGUGGAGCUUCUCUACGAAGUGGAGGGGAAUUACUGGCCUCAGUGCUCAGAGCCUCAACCGAAUUCUCUGCGAAGGCCUCAGGCGCGACGCUCCAGUCUCAAAGUCUGGUGUAAGCGUCGCUAUCUACCUUAACGGAGCGGAAGAGCCGAUGCAGCGUACGAGACCCUGGAGUCGUGCAUCCAACUACUACUACUUCGCGGACCUGGACCUUGUCGAAAACGUGGAGUACGCCAUGCGGUUGACGGCGAUCCUGGCGCCUGAUCGUCACGACCAGAUGUGGCAGAGGGAGGAGUUCAUAAACUUCCCUGGGCGCAAGAAGGAAGCGCGACUAUGGGCCAAGGGCUUCGUUCGUGCCUUCUUCCGAGGAAAGUUUGCACGACUGGCCAAGCCAGACUCUUAGAGAAAUGAGGUUGUUAAGUGUCCAACGAGAAUAUUGCGCAGUUCUUGCGAACUUAUGGCAUGUCGCUUUAAUGAUACUUCUCGAACAAAUUUUGAUGUGAACGCCGUUCAGGCGCCAAUAAACUCCUGGUACCCUUA